CAGAGAUGUCGGAGCUGGAGCGGCUGCGGCAGCGGGACAUUCCCGAGGGCCGGCAGAGCCUGCGGGACCAGCACGGCAACCUGCUCAGGGUGGCCGAGUACUGCGAGAGCAACUACCUGCAGGCCAGCGACAAGCGGAAGGCGCUGGAGGAGACGAUGGCCCUGAGCACCCAGUCCCUGGCCAGUGUCACCUACCAGGUCAGCAGCCUGGCCACCGCCUUCCUGAGGCUGCUGGACCUGCAGACGGCCCAGCUGCGCCAGGUGGAGGCCGAUGUCACCUGCGUGGCCCAGAGGGUGGACAUCCACAAGGAGAAGGUGUCCCGCCGGGAGAUCGGCUCCCUGACCGUCACCAAGAGGUUCCCGCCCUGCCAGAAGAUCGUGGCCCCCCCAAACCCCCCCAGCCUGGAGCCCUACUACAGGAAACCCCUCAACUUCAGCGUCCUGGACGACAUCGGCCACGGCAUCAAGGACCUGAGCACGCAGCUCUCCCGCACCGGCACCCUGGCUCGGAAGGGCACCAAGACCUCGGCGCAGGCCGUGGGCACCCUGGGGAGGAGUGCCCGUGUCCCUGAGCCCAUCCAGCCGCCCGUGGUUCCCGAGGGGAAGCUCUCGGCAGCCUCCUCCACCUCCUCGCUGGCCUCCAUCAGGUCCAGCGGGGCCCCGGCGGCUCCUGCUGAAGGAAUCCCGGCCCCGCCACCGCUGCCCUCCCUGCCGGGACCACCCCCCCCCGGGGCCGCCCCCCCUCCCCGGCCUCUGCUCCCACCGCCCCCCCCCGAGGACUCGGCCGUGACCCCCCCGGACCUGCCGCCCCCAGCCCCCGAGGACCUGGAGCCGCUGCCCCCACCGUCAGCUCUGCCCGACUUCGAGGGCUUGGCCCCUCCACCGCCACCCCCCACCCCAGAGGAGCCUUCCUGGGUCCCGGAGAACUACCUGGAGAAAGUGGUGGCCCUGUACCCCUACACGGCGCAGAAGGACAACGAGCUGUCCCUCCAGCCCGGCGCCCUCCUCUUCGUCACUCGCCGCUACUCUGACGGCUGGUGCGAGGGUGUGCUGGGGCAGGAGCAGGGAUUCUUCCCUGGGAAUUACGUGGAGCCCUGCUGAGCCCCCCGGGCAGGCAGCCCCUGCUCCCCCUCCCCGGAUCAGCCACAUUCCACUCUGCUCAGACUGCGCUUCUCCUUGGAAUUCCGGCUUUGCCCGGCUGGGAACGGGCUCGGGGAGCAGAGGGUGGCACCGCUGGCACUGCUGAGCCCUGGCAGGACUGCAGCCCCCUCUCCCACAUCCCUUGGGAACGUUCAGCACCAGGACACUGAGCUCUCCCACAUGGAAUCGCAGCAGGUCCUGGGGGCUGAUCCCGGUGCUGCUCCCGACCCCUGGGAAGAGCGAGGCCAGCACGGGAUCAAACCCUGGGAACACCCCCAAGGAUGAGGAGGAGAGCGGCUCCAGGAACCCUGCCUGCUGCCCCUUUGGCUCGAGCCACAGCAGGGAUGACCCAGACCCCAUUCCAGACCCCAAUCCAGAGGGAUUCCCUGCUGGUGUUCCCAUUCCCCGACUUCCACCAGCCCAAGGAAGAGAAACAACAUUUUGGU